AUGUCUCAAAUUUCGACAUUUGAUCAUUUACCAAAUGAAUUAAUUAUAUAUAUUUUUUCCUAUUUAAAGUCGAAUGAGAGUUUUUAUGCAUUUUUUUAUUACAAUGAUCGUCUAAGAAAAUUAGUGAAACGUCAUGUUAUCUACAGUCGUCGUGAACUUAAGAAAGAUAUUACAAGGUUUUCAACUUUACAUAGUUGGUAUAAACACUUAGACUAUAUGAAUGAUGGCACCAAAUUUUAUUUAAUACCAAUGAAAGGUGAACAAGCACGAUACUCGUUUGAUCCACGCAUUUCUGAUUACUCUGGUAUCCAUUGGCAUUUUUGGACCGCCUCGGGUCUACUUAAUGAUCAAAGAAUACAGGAAAUUAUUCGAAAAUAUCCGGUUCGACUUAAUCUUUCCUUUUGUCCCUCAAUGGAUAAGUAUAAGCUACCACGAAUGGGAUCUGGAUUUCAAGAUUUUGUUCGUCGACACUAUCCAUCUCAAUGGAACGCCUUGGAAACAACAUUUUUCAAUGAAUCAGACAAGAAAAUUUAUACAGAUGCUGUUAAAAUCCACUUACAAUAUAUUCAUGAUAAUGAACCAAAACGUCUUGAAAAAAUCAUCUUAGAAGCAGCUGACAAUAUCUGGAAAGAACUACAAGAGUUGGAAGAUGUAAAUAUACUUGAGAUUGAAGACAAAGAAUAA